GUCGGUUCAAGCGCCCAGCUUCAAAGCUAAAUAAGAAACAGCACAAAAGGGGAGAGCUUUUCGCUGCUCUCAUUUCCAAAACAAUGGCUACUUCUUCUUCCACAACACUUGUAGCUCUCUGUUCUUCUUUAACCACUCAAUGCAAAAUCUCCAAUGCCCAAAACCCACCUCUCUCUAAAUCUCUUUGCCUCUCCAAACCCAAUUCCGGGUCUUUAUCAAAGACCACUCAAAAUUUAUCCUCCUCUUCUCUUAUUUUCUCUAAAAGACCCACAUUUUUUGCCAAUCCCCCCAAGUUUUCUGAAUCUGAAGCUCUUGUUGUUGAAGCAGAGCCUGAAGUACCUGUGUCAGAGGCUAACCCUGAGCCUGCUGCCACGCAGGUGGUUGAGGUUGCUAAGGAAGAGCCACCCAAGCGUGAGGAGAUUUUUGCUGUUGUUAUGGUAGGAUCUCGCCAGUACAUUGUUAUCCCGGGGCGAUGGCUCUAUGUGCAGAGGCUAAAAGGUGCUAAUGUCAAUGAUAAGGUAAAUCUGAAUAAGGUGUUACUUGUGGGAACAAGAACAAGUGCCUAUAUUGGAAAACCAGUGGUGACUAAUGCUACUGUUCAUGCUGUAGUUGAAGAGCAGGGAUUAGAUGCUAAAAAGAUUGUCUUCAAAUACAAGAAGAAGAAAAACUACAGGAGAAAUAUUGGUCACCGACAGCCAAAUACUCGGAUAAGGAUAACAGGUAUCACUGGCUAUCAAGACUACCCUGUAUCUACUCUUGAUUCAUAGGAUUUUCUGGAGAGGUUUGGUUGAAUGCUCUCGAUGCACUGUGAAGUUUCUUUUUUACUUUUGAUGUUGUUGUAAUUCCCCUUACAGGGCAACGUUUAGAUUGAAUAGUGACUUCUGAUGUUGAAUAAUGAAAAUUAAUUUUGCACAA